GGGAUGUUUGCGCGCCCCCGCGCGCAGCCCGAUCUCGGUAUCUCAACACGCGAGCUACUGUUGUAUAUAUAUAUAGUAACACAGUAUAAUGAUGUGUAUAGUGUAGUAGACUUUCUCUCAUCUUUUUAAAUAGAGGAGCAUGCGCAGUAAGCUUUCCGGACGCCCUCCGCACCCGCGUCAGCAGCACACAUGCUUCAUCAAUCAUCACAGUUCCUCUAUCUGCAUUAAUCCGAUAGAUAAAGAGUUAACUGUAAGAAAAAAAUUAUUAUUUGAUUAUGUGAUGUACUUUUAGUAUACCGCAUAUUUAUAGCCACGAUAAAAGGUGUAACUUCUCUGCGCGGCUUUAUCUGACAUGUAUUUACAGUGUAGGUCCUACCCAAAUACCUUCUUGCUUUGAGGGUUAGCCGCUACUCCGAGUUUCUCUACGAUGUGAUAGCGCAGAUAAUAACUAUUACAUAAAAUCAACUCAGUCAAACGAUCGCAUAGUGAGAUUAGCUUGCACGGAAUUUUUAUGGGAUAAUUUAAUUCGGUUUGCAUGGUAAACUGGUGCCAAAAAUAACUAGUCAACAAUACCUAAGCUUGCGCAAACAAUUGCCAUUUCUAAAAAACAAAUGCUUACGAAAAGCACCUAUAAUAAGUAUCUUGUAACGAGUCAACAUGCUACUUCUGACAUCGAGAUGCCUGUUCUUGACCAAAUCCAAUGCAACGUUCAGCAUUAGCAUUUUAAGAAAUCUUUCCAUAACAUUUGACAAGCCUAGCAAGAUUCAACGGAUUUUUUCACAAAAAAAUGCAAAAAAAGCCAAUUCAUUAUUCUCAAAUGCAUCCACCAUGCUUCUUGAGAAGAAACUCAACGCCGUCAAAGGAAUCCAGGAAAACAUUUCAGCACUUCAGAUGAAAAAAAGGCCUCUUCGCAAGAAGAAAACUGUCACUGAUGAGGACGAGACUACGAUGCCUGGUUUCUGGACUGUCAAGGCUUUAGCAACAGCUGAUGAAUAUAAUUUGGAGAGUUUGAUGGAUGGUCUGCUGAAACAAAACUUGUACACUCCAAUGGAAAUAAGAACAUCUGCCAAACCUUUUCCGGAUGCUAUUCAGGCAGUAGCAAAAUAUGAAAUUGGAAAUGAGCCCCGUGAAAUAUACUUUUUCCGUGAAGGCACUGCAGUAAUGUGGAAUAUUACUGACUUGGAAUGCAGCAAUUUACUUCAAUUUAUAAAACAAUAUGAAGAGAACAGUUAUUCCAAUGAAUUAGUUCAAGCUGAAGGAGAAGUCAUGCUUUAUAGUUAUACUGAAUCUGGAAAAAGGAGUCAUCUUAAGGAAGGUGACAUUUUCCUAUCACCAGAUGCAAAUUUAGAUAAGUAUACAUUUUCAAAUGCCAUUUCCCAGUCAGUCAAAUUAGGUAUCUGGGAAGCCUCACUGGAUCAUUAUGUUGACUCCAUUGAAUUUAUAACAGAAGAUUUAAAGAGAGGUCGUAGAAUAAAAAUGUCACGACAAGAAGUUUUAAGAAAACAAGGCGAACUUUUUGCUUUGAGGCAUUUAAUAAAUCUGAGUUCAGAUCUUUUGGAUACACCUGACUUUUACUGGGAACGCGACGACUUAGAGACGUUAUACCAGCAAACGUGCGCGUAUUUUAGCAUUGCCAAGAGAACAAGAGUGGUGAAUGAAAAGUUAAACCACUGUGUAGAAUUGGUAGAACUCUUGUCAUCUCAUCUGAGUGAUAGACAUCACGUCCGUUUGGAAUGGAUGAUCAUUGUGCUGAUCAUGGUGGAAGUUGGUUUUGAAAUUUUACACUAUGCAGAUCGUUAUUUAGGCAAACUAGAAGAAUUUGUUUAAACAGAAUUGAGAGAUGCUAUGGAUUUAAAAAUAUAUUGUUACUUAUUUCUUAGAAACACUUGCUUUAAUUACAAUUAUAUGUAAUUAAAACAAUUCUCUAUAUUAUACUGUAUGUAUGUAUAUAUAUGUACAAUGUACAAAGAUUUUUUUAACAAUCCUCAUGUAUACAUAGUUAUUAUAAGUUUUAAAGAUUCAUAUUUUCAUAUACAUUCAUAUUUACAAAAAUAAAAACAAAAAUGAAAUUUUCGUUAAAUAA